UCAGCGCUAAGCCUGCACAGAAGUUGAGAGGACAUAUCAAUGAUCUUAUUGGAAAGAGAAACACACUUGUUUUUAUUCCUAGACGUAACAUCGUAAGUCUCUUUUCUGUCUUGAGCAAUACAAAAUAUGUGUAUUAUAUUUCUUCUUAUUUAUUUUGGAGAGAUAUUUUUGACGUAAUGCGUUUACAAUAUGUAAACACGGGAUUUAAGAAACUCUUUAAUUGUGGUUCGAAACUCAGCGGCUUCGUCAAAUGAUACCAAGUUUGAAAUCAUUAGAAAUUUGAGACAUCAUUAACAAUGAUUUGAGUGUUGGAACCCAUGACAUGUUAAAGCACGUCGGCUGUGGACAUAACCUGAGAUGGCUAGAGAUUAUUUACACGGGAUGUACCAGAAAUACGCUAGGUGAAUUUAGACUGAUGUUUAAAUUAUUUCUGUGAACAAAACAUUACAAAGGAAAGAAAGAAAAUAAAGGAGGAAUAAAAACAGAAAAAAAUACUGUUAUAAUUGGAAUGGGAAAAUCCAUAUCCAUCCAUAUCUACAUUUAGCUGACGACAUUUACACAUACUUGACAUGCAACCCACCAUAUAGAUGGAGACGACAGGGAUGCAAAGACUCGACAGUUUCCGUCAAGUGACAACGAUGCACGGAAGUAUCCGACGACGUCGCAUCAAGAUAACGACACCGACUAUCGACACGUAUUCUAAACAGAUACAACAGUGCCAGCGGCAGUACACUAAACUCCAUCUCGAUGAUCCGCCAUACAGCGUCCAGUCAUCGCCAGUCCCGAAACUCGGUCCGCGGCAUCAGACCUUUCACAUUUUGUCGAGAUCCCGCUUCCAGACUGAGGCCGACGUCUCGGCAUCCUCUCCCCGACUACUCACCUGUGACGUCAUCAGAAACGAUCGCUAUGAUGCGUCUUUGAACAUGAAUCCGCUCACGCUGAUAUCAUCUCUACAGAUCCGCGGAUUCGGGGAGCCCAAGCUUCUGAACGUGGCCUUCACCCCGCGUUCCUCCGAAACACGUCCUUCUAGGGCGAGGACGAAGAGCCUGCCCAGAGACCCUUACCUUCAUGAGAAGCUGAAGGGACAGGCCAGGCUGGACUAUGAAAUGGCCAACAUCAGAGCUGACGCGUUCUGCGCGCAACAGCGCGGGAUGUUCAGGACGGCAUCUGCCGGUUUUCGUGAUCGCGACGACAUUUUUGUGGAGGAGGAAAUGCGCGCGCAGAUGCACCGCCCCGGCCAGAACGUGUCAAGCGGGUCGAGUAGCGGCGACACGGGUCAGCAUCACCACGUGGACAGGCAGGAACUCUUUGGGCGGAUACAGACGUGGAUGGAUGGGGUCAGAAGUGCGUUAGGUCUAGAUGUAUAACACGUACACACACCAUUCUCUCUGUGUAUCUGUCUGAGUAUCUCUGAGUCGGACAGAACUUGAAAGGCAGGAACUCUUUGGGCGGAUACAGACGUGGAUGGAUGGGGUCAGAAGUGCGUUAGGUCUAGAUGUAUAACACGUACACACACCAUUCUCUCAGUGUAUCUGUCCGAGUAUCUCUGAGUCGGACAGAACUUGACAGGCAGGAACUCUUUGGGCGGAUACAGACGUGGAUGGAUGGUGUCAGAAGUGCGUUAGGUCUAAAUGUAUGACACAUACACACACCAUUCUCUCUGUGUAUCUCUGAGUCACAUACAGGCGUGGAUGGAGGGUGUCAGAAUUGCGUUAGGUAUAGAUGUAUAACACGUACACACACCAUUCUCUCUGUGUAUCUCUGAGUCGCAUACAGACGUGGAUGGAGGGUGUCAGAAGUGCGUUAGGUCUAGAUGUAUAACACGUACACACACCAUUCUCUCUGUGCAUCUCUGAGUCGCAUACAGACGUGGAUGGAUGGUGUCAGAAGUGCGUUAGGUCUAGAUGUAUAACACGUACACACACCAUUCUCUAUGAGUAUCUCUGAGUCGCAUACAGACGUGGAUGGAGGGUGUCAGAAUUGCGUUAGGUCUAGAUGUAUAACACGUACACACACCAUUCUCUCUGUGUAUCUCUGAGUCGCAUACAGACGUGGAUGGAUGGCGUCAGAAGUUCGUUUGGUCUAGAUGUAUAACACGCACACACACCAUUCUCUCUGUGUACCUGUCUGAAUAUCUCUGAGUCGGACAGAACUUGUCGAGCGGGUUGUGUAACCACGAGGACAGGCAGGAACUCUUUAGACGCAUACAGACGUGGAUAGAUGGUGUCAGAAGUGGAUUAGGUCUGGAUGUUUAACACGCGUAUAAUACACAUCGUUCUCUGUCGUUCUCUCUGUGUAUCGCUGUUUCUCUCUCUGUCUUAUUUCGUUCUUUGUCACUCUCACUCGUACACACACAAACACACAGUCACAUACGAUGUCAGUAACAAUCACUUAAUUCACCCUAGAAAAAGACUCGGGGAAGAAUGCUAAUAUAUUGCAUAAGAAGGAUCUGGCUUGACAAAAAACCCCACAAAAAAACCAUCAACAAAAACAAGAACAAAAACAACAAAACAAACAAAACAACCAACCAACCAACCAACCAAACAAACAAAACAAGAAAGCUUAACUCUAGUUGGGGUGUGGCUGCUGAAAGCGACAUGUUUAACGACUGAAUUAAAUACUGCAGCCAUCUGUUUAACUCAGUUUACAUUUAUAGAAUGACCUAGAGAAUGGUUGCUUGACACCACGAUAUAUAAAUUACUUUCGGUGUAUUCUAUACUUUGAACAAACUUAACAGAAGGUCCAAUCUCGAAUAGAAUAAUUAUAGUCUAGUCAAUGUAAGUAAUUUGGGGACAUAACCCAAAACAAACUGGAAUAUAAUUUUGUCUUCAGAAUUUAUUUAAGAGGCGUCCCUAAAACAACAUACAAACAAUCCACCAAAAUCAUCCAUGUGGAAAUAAUUUAUAUAAAUCCAAGAUGGCGUCCAGCGUAUUUAACGUUGCGCGUAUUUAACUUUUCGCGUAUUUAACUUUGCAAUGUGAUAGAAUUUAAAGAACAUUUUUGAACCGUUCAAACAUAAAAAAAUAGUUUUGGGUGAAUGGGAAAGCUAUUUAAUAAAUUCCUUCAUUUGCAUAAUUCCAAUAUUCGUCUACAUAUAUGAUUUUUCGAUAUUUCGAAGUUGUUUACAUAUUAUUUGAGAUAAGGAAGCUAUUCCAAAAAUAAAUAAAUUCCUGGUUUCAUCAGACACUUCCUUCAUUUGCGUAAUUCCAAUAUGGCCGGCAAAAUGCAUCCAAAUAGACAAUUUUGCCAUAUAUAUCGCGAUCGUCUACAUGGUUUUUUAAAAAUCUGGAAUGUGUGUGUGUGUGUGUGUGUGUGUGUGUGUGUAUAUAUAUAUAUAUGAUCUGGAGAUAAUAAAGCUACUCUACAUAAUGUUGUAUUCAUUAUAUUGUCCUUUAGUUCCUUGGCUACCAAAAGUAAAAUCUGAAAGAGAGCAAAGGCUGCGUUUUCUUAUCUUAUAUUUCGAAU